AGACCAGAAGUAAACAUUAGUACAACAACACAAACAAAUGUGAAGGAACAUGUUAAGUAUCACAACAAUUUAACAACCCAAACAAAUGUUAAGGAACAGGAAAAAUCACAUUCCUGGCGAGUGCCCUGAAAGGAAUCAAACCCAGGUGUCUGGCGUGAUAAUCCUCAGCUCUACUUUCUGAGCCAAAGCACUUAGUAGCAUUCUCCAUCAGCUGAGUGACAGAGACGGAAACAACUGAUUUCUGAAAUUGUGAAUUAAUAAAUCAUAUCUUGAAACUGAAUCUAGAUUGGGAGUCAGAGGACUGCCAGAGCUGAUCACAAAAAAUAAUGAGAAGCGAUGCUACACCCUGCACUUCCAUGCUUAUUUCGAUAUUCAAAUUGCAUGAAGCAUUGUCUCUUAUUGAUUUUGAAGGAUAUUUUUAGUAUAUCCAUGUACUAUUUUCUGUAUAGGUUUUGAUUUUUUCCCUGUAUAAAAGCCUUACUGGUUGAUAACACUGUUUUAAUCAUCUUGUCAUUUUAUCAAUUUGUUGUUUUAUGAUGCAAUUAAUCCUAAGCUCAGUAUUUCCACAAGUAUUAGUAAUUCUAUAUAAUCAUUCAACACUGUUACUAUUAAAGCAAUGCAUCACUUUAAACAAGUAAUCUGUAUUUUCUGCAGGCAUAUAUUUUAUGUGUAACUAUUGCAGCAUUUUUUCUUUAUCUGACAGUGUUUGUGAGAAUACUACAUAUCUUGAGAUAACUUGUGAUCCAGCCCUGGCAUGGCAGGUUAUAUGCUAAAAACAAACAUUGUAGAAGGUGUUGGAGAUGAAUUGAUAUAUGCUGUUGCUGCCUUUAUUGGAAUUCUUGUACCAAUGUGUAUAUUCAUAGCAAGGAGAAGAAACAGUUUCGAACAAUAUCAUAUCCAUCCAGACAAUGAAGACAAUGUGAGAUUUGCACGAGAAAGAAUCCAUGGAAAUCUGUCGGCAAAUGGUGCAGGAGAGACCCCUGGUGAUCAGAAUCAGUCCACUAGUUACCGAGCCAGAGAAACACAAACAAACCUUAACUGUCCUAUCUGUCUUGGGGAUCUGGAAUACGGUGUGGAUACAAACUGUGGUCAUUAUUUCUGUGGUAAUUGUAUAAUAGCCUAUUGGCAGCAUGGCAGUUGGCUUGGAGCAGUAGCCUGUCCUGUUUGUCGACAACAAGUAACACUCCUCCUGGUGGCGUUUACUACAGAGGAAAACAACAAUAAUAGUCAAGAAAAACAAAAUAUAUUGGACGAAAUCAACAGCUACAAUCGACGCUUCUCUGGACAACCACGAUCUAUUGGAGAACACCUGCGCGACCUACCUACACUGAUGAGACAUUUUGUAGGAGAAUUUUUUUCUGUUGGAGGACUAAUUUGGAUGUUUCGUCUGCGAGUUAUUGUUUGUUUUGGCGCUGCCCUUGUGUACUUCAUAUCUCCACUGGACAUAAUACCAGAAGCUAUGUUUGGAAUAUUUGGCCUUUUAGAUGACUUGUUUAUUUUACUUUUACUAGCAAUUUAUAUAAGUAUUAUCUAUAGACAAGUUGUUCAGAAUCGAGCCGGUGCUCGUUAAUCUGCAGCAGUAUGAAGUAUUGUCCAAAGUGCCCUCACAUUAAGAUUUUGAUGCUAUUUAUUGAUACAAAAUAAUGUUUGAUAUGUUGUUAUUAAUGCUGUAUUUUUAUGCAAUUGUAAACUGAUGACCGGUUAUUAAAUCAUAAUCACUUUUGCCACCUAGCCAUUAAGCUAAAUUAACUUAAAUGCUUUUCUACAUACUUUAAUAUUAUUGUCAUCUGAAUGUUAGUUUUUUGUGUUCCUACAUCCUUAUCAAUAUAAAAGAGUUGAUUGUAUUUUAAAAGAAAGCUGUAUUUUUUCACAACCUACCUCGGUUGCCUGUGUCAUUAAAAGUCGGUAUAUCAAAACCAGUUUCUGAUUUAACUCGUGACUUAACUGAUCAUCUUCAUGAGACAAAACAUUAGCGACCAGUGAAGAGUAUGAUUGUAUCAAACCGGUAAGUCUUCAUGUCUUCACCUAAUCAUAGAUGGGUGAGGGUCUAUGGUACCCCUCGUCUCCAUUUAGAACCAUCUCAACAGUGGGUAUCUAAAUCGCUUCCUUCACUUGCCACCUUUGUGAAAAUGUUGCUCUCUCCCUGUCAAGCACUUUGAAUUAUUCUGAUCAAUGACAUUUUAUUUGUUGUGCAGAGUUAUGUCUGUUUACGGCCAGUUCUUAAUCAGGAGUAGGGGUCCAUAGACUUAAACAUCUGUGCUCAGGUUCUUAAUAAAGUGUAGUGAAAUCACUUUGUGCAAACAUAGUGUAGCAAAAUUGACUUGUUGAAUUGAUACAUUCUGAUACACUCCAUACCUCUGUGUAAAUAAUCUUCACUGGUAUUUUUUUCUGGUGAAGUCACCAAAACAUCACAAAUGAAAUCCAAUACUGGUUGUGAUAUAUCAACAUCUUCUCACAUACAGCUCACCUACUAGAAAUGUUUCAAAACACCUGGCUGCCUGUUAUAUACGUACUGGGUAUUGCCCAUUAUAUGUAAAAUAAGCUAUUUUUUCAAGCAUUCUAAUCACCUUCUGUCUGUCGUUUUGUCUCUCUUCUCUGUAAAAAAAAUCUACAUUUUUGAUUUCUCAGAAACCCAUGAACCCGAUUUCAAUGAUUUUUUUUUCAGAAACCUUCCAUGGCCAAAGGUCAACCAAAAGAUUGAAUUCUUUGGUCCCCCAGGGGCCAGAGGGGUGGGGUAAAAAAAAGAGGGUCAAAUUGACUGAAAUUUUUAAAAUCUUUAUUUCAAGACACAAAUAAGGUAGAAUCAAAUACUCUUCCUAAAUGAAAGGGUCUGGAGGUGCUUUACCAAAAUUGUGAAUUUCAUGACCCGGAGGUUUCACGUUUUCCCCUGGGGAGGAGGUAAAAUUCACUGUAGUUUGUAUAAGGAAGAUUAACAUUAUUUGUUGUGACGCGCAUAUAACAUGUAUAUCUACGUCAAAGUUGAAUUGCCAUGGACAAUCAACAUGGGAUGGCAGUUUGAUGUUAUAAACAUUUUGGCCCUGCCCGAUACACGGGGACUAAUGAACAGGGUGAAAUUGACUGAAUUAUUUUAGAACUUAUGUUACCGUUAUUAUAAGGCCUAUGGGCAUCUUGUGUAAAAUUCAUAUUAACCCUAUCAACAGAUAUUCAUGCAUAUAUCCGGUAAGUAUACGUGGACUAUUACGAAUGCUUUUACAUUGUAUGUGAUGAAUAAAUUAUUGAAUGCAAUAAGA